AUGGAUGAGGAACAUAAUAAUGUUGAUGAGAAUGGUCAAAAUAGAAAAAGUAGAUCAUCUACAGGUAAAAGGAAAUAUCAUCAAAAAUCUAGAAAUGGUUGUUCAACCUGUAAAAAAAGAAGAGUUAAAUGUGAUGAAACAAGACCUUCAUGUACUAAAUGUCAACAUAUGAAAUUAGUAUGUGGAUAUUUAUUAGAUGAAGAUAAUGAUGGGAAAAGUGAUGGAGGUAAUGAAAAUAGUAAAGAAUUGGAUAAUUCAAGUGAUUCAAAAGAUGAAAGUUUUGAUUCUGAAAUUCCAAAGAAGAAGAGAAAAGUUUCAACAACUUCAACAUCUAGUUCAAUUCCUUCUUCAACUCAACAAGCUACCCCUUCUGUAACUCCUACUCCUAGUUUAUUGGAUGAUAAUUCUCAAUCUAUUCCAUCUAUACAAGCUAAUAAUCCUUUAGCUGCUUUAUCAUCUGGACUUUUAAAUGCUGGUAAUUUAAACAAUUUGAAUUUAAGUCAUCUUGUUAAUGGAUUGUCUGGUGAUUUAAGCAGUCUCGGUAAUUUAGCAAAUUUAAGUAAUUUGGCAACUUUAGCUCAAUUACCUAUUGAUUUAAGUAAUAUUGGGUCUUUAUUAGAAUCUCAAAAUAUAAAUAUUCCAAGUUUUGUUAAGCCAUUCUUAACCCCUACCCCACCAGUUCAGUCAGUACAGGGUAGUCUGCAACAACAAUCACUUCCACAGCAACAGCAACAGCAGCAACAACAACAACAACAACAACAACAACAACAGAGACCAAAUGUUUCACCCAAUAUUAAUCCGCUGAUUAAUCAUUUAUCGAUGGAUUCCACGACUUUAAAUAUGUUAGAUUUGAGACUCAUGUUCCACUAUACUUCCCAAGUAUCAAAUACUAUAACUGGAGCUGGGAUUUCAGAAACAAACAUUUGGAAUUAUGAUAUACCAAUGUUAGCAUUUGAAUAUCCAUUUUUAAUGCAUUCAAUUUUGGCCUUUAGUGCUACACAUUUAUCAAGAACUGAAAAGGGUUUAGAUCAAUGUGUUACAUGUCAUAGAGGUGAUGCAUUAAGAUUACUUCGAGAAGCUGUAUUAGAUAUAAAUGCAAAUAAUACUGAUGCAUUAGUAGCAUCUGCCCUUAUAUUAAUUAUGGAUUCAUUAGCAAAUGCUUCUUUCCCAUCAUCUACAAGUCCUAAAUCUUUACCUGCUUCUGCUUGGAUUUUCCAUGUUAAAGGUGCGGCAACAAUUUUAACAGCUGUUUGGCCAUUAACUGAAUCAUCUAGAUUUUACAAAUUUAUUUCUGUUGAUUUAGGAGAUUUGGGAGAUAUAAUUAAUCAACGCAUCGAUUUAGAUAAAAAAGAUAAAGCUGAACAAGUUAAAUUUUUUACUGAUUUAGAAUGUCAUGAUUCAGAUAUAGCCGAUUUAUUCCCAGUAGAAAUAUCUUCACCAUAUUUAAUAACCCUUGCUUAUUUAAAUAAAUUACAUAAAGAAAGGUAUAAAUCAGAUUUCAUUUUAAGAAUAUUUGCAUUUCCUGCAUUAUUAGAUAAAUCAUUUUUAUCAUUAUUAAUGUCAGGAGAUGUUAAAGCUAUGAGAAUAAUGAGAUCUUAUUAUAAAUUAUUAAGAUCAUUUUGUUCAGAAAUGAAAGAUAAAGUUUGGUUUUUAGAAGGAGUUUCACAAGUAUUACCUGUUGAUGUUGAAGAAUAUGCUGGAGGAGCUGGAGGUAUGCAUAUGAUGUUAGAUUUCCUUGGUGGAGGACCAGCUAUAAUUGAUAAUGAUGUUGAUGAAGAGAUUUCUAGAUUUGAGCCAAUGACAAAGAAUUUAAUCGAUACUGAUAAUUUACCUAGUGAUAUUAUGGCCAAUAAUUUAGAAGUCAUGCAAGGUGAUAAUGCGUUUAUGAAUAUGAAAUAAUAGUAUAACAAGUGCUACGAUCUAAACUACCGUCGUCCAUAAGGUUGUAGUACU